AUGGAUGAUAAAAUUGCAAAUGGCCUGUGGGGUUUGGAGGAGUGCGAGUGGUCUGCGGUUGGCUCUGAAGGACAAUCUGGUGAAUUGCUAUCUAUUUGGAGAAAAGGAGUUAUUGUUCCAUAUUUUAGUUUCAAAUCAAAAGGUUUUUUGGGCAUCAAUGCGUCGUGGAAAGAUAUCAAUUGUUACUUUGUCAAUGUUUAUUCUUCUUGUAGUCUAAUAGAAAAGAGAGUUCUAUGGAAUGAUCUUCUGGAGUGGAAGAGAAAACUGCCUAGGGGGGAGUGGAUAGUAGGGGGAGAUUUCAACUCUAUUAGAGUAGCUGAAGAAAGAAAAGGUUGUGGUCAAUCAAAUAGGGUUGACUUGGAGGAAUUUGCGAAAUUUAUAGAACUGAUGGAAGUGGUUGAUUUACCGGUAAUUGGAAACAUGUUCACUUGGGUAAACUCAAAUGGCAAAGCAAGAAGAAAUAGAGAUAUAUCGGAUCACAGACCGGUAUGGGUGAAGACAAGUAAACUUGACUGGGGACCAAAACCUUUCAAAGUAUUCCAUUGUUGGUAUGAGCACGAGGACUUUCUAAAGUUUGUGAAACAAGAAUGGGAGGCUUUUUCUGUAACUGGAAGUAGUGCAUUUGUCUUGAAAGAAAAACUAAAGUUGCUGAGAAAUAGAUUGAGAUGGUGGCAUAAGCAUGUUUUCGGUUGGCUGGAUUUGAAAGAUGAGGAAGAGGUAGAUGAACUUAAUGGUUUAGAGGAAGAAGCUGUGGAUUCCACAACACAACUCAGUCACGAAAUUCAGGCUAGGAGAAGAGAAGUCCAGGCAAAUAUUUGGAGGGACCUAAGGUUUAAGGAAAAAGAGGUGGGAGAAAUUAGAAAGGAGGUUAAGGAGUACUUUGAGAAGAGAUUCAACAAGGAUGAUUCACCUAGACCAAGGCUGGUGGGAAUAGAGUUUAAUAGGUUAUCAGUAAUAGAAAGUGCAGAAUUGGAAGAAGAAUUCUCAAUGGAAGAGAUUCGAGAGGUGGUGUUCAGUUGUGAAGGAGACAGAAGCCCUGGCCCUGAUGGUUUCAAUUUGGAGUUCAUUAAAAGAAGUUGGUAA